AUGGCGCGCUCAUGGAUCUCGAGGCUGGCAGCUACGCUCGCUGCUAGUCAUGUUAUCUCAUUCGUCUCCGCACAAAUCACAAGUACACCAAAUGUAUUGCCCGCGCCCACAUUUGUCGAAUCGUCGUCUAGAGUGACCGCGUUGAUAUCGCUCGCCUCAUCGUUAAAGACCGCACCGUCUCCGUCGUCGACCGCAUCGAAGGGACCGAAAGUUCAUCUGAUCCAGGCAGGACAGGGCGGCUUCAAAUUCACCCCCCAAUCGGUGAGCAAUGUAGCCGUAGGCGACACCGUCACUUUUGAGUUCUAUCCCCCGGAUCAUUCGGUUGCGCGAGCGGAGUUUGAAAGCGCGUGUGUGCCUUAUGAGUAUACUGGUAAAGGAAAAACUGGAUUCUGGUCGACGACCCAAUGGGUUGAUACGGUAGACAAGAUCACGCAUUGGAAUCUGACCAUCAAUUCCACGGAACCCAUUUUCUUCUAUUGCGCAGCUCCCGGCUCGUGUAAAGACAAGUGGAUGGUCGGAGCCAUCAACCCUAACGGCACACAAACGCUCGACGCACAGAUACGAGCAGCGAGACGCGCAGACUACCAGGUCGCACCUGGUGAGACUAUACCCAACGAAGCAACGUCUACGCUGGUAAACGCUCCUACAUCUGCACCAUCCUCUCCAAGCAGCGGCGGCUCUCAUAAACUAUCAGGCGGCGUCAUCGCCGGUAUAGUCGUUGGUGCAGUUGCAUUUUUGGUCAUAUGUGCGGCGCUAUUCUUCUAUGUUGGCCGCUCAAAGUCGCUGAAGGAAGUACUCAAGCGGCAAGAUGCUACCAUGAGGACAUCAACGACUCCAGGAGGAGGACCUGAGAUGGGACAACAGUUUGGACACCAAGCAGAGUACCCCGCGCAACCGAGUCCAUAUUUAUCAGGAAUGGCGCCGGGUCAGGCAGAGUACGGCAUGAACUCGCCGCCAAUGUAUGGACAGCAUAAUGCCACAGAGCAGUACCCGAGCGGAUGGGCGAGUCCAGGGCAGCAGAGUGGUCAUUUGAGUAUGAUGAGUACCAUGUCGCAGCAGCAGAUGGACGAGAUCAAAGCGGCACAUGCGCAACAACACCGGGUAGCUGAGAUGCAUACGCCCGAGCCGGGACAACAAAGGUUUACGGCAGAACUGGAAGCGCCUGGACAAAGGAAGUGA